AGCAACUUCGUAUUGAGUGAGAAAUCAAAUGAGAUUAUGACUGAGAUAGCCGAGCUGAGGAAGAGCAAGAGCGCACCCUUGGCCUUAAGUAUGACUGUGAUGAGGAAAUUUCAAAACCAAAGCAAUAAGUUUUCUAAGAACCAAAAUAAGAAGAUAAAACAUGGAAAGGUUGGAAAGAAGGAAACAACUGGCAAGAGGGGUCGCUUGAUUGUGAGAAAUUUGCCAUUUAAGUACAAUGAAGAUGAUCUCCACAAUCAUUUUAAAUCAUUUGGAGAUAUCAAAGAUAUUCAACUUCUCCGAAGACCAGAUGAAAAGUUAGUUGGCUGUGGAUUUGUUGAGUACGUUUCAAGACUCAGUGCCACAAAGGCUGCAUUGAAAUUGAACGGAAAGGAGUUUUUAGGCCGACCAAUUAUUAUUGAUUGGGCUGUGUCGAAGGAUAGGUUCAAACAACUUCAAGAAGAAGCUGUUAAAAAGGAAAUCAAAAAAGAGGAGGAUAGUGAUGAAGAGACUAAACCAAUUGAGACUGUUGAUGUUACCAUAAAGGAAGAGAAAAUGUCUGACAAGGAUUCUGAUGACGAAAGUGAUGAAAACAGAGCUUUUUUUAUUUUUUCUUUACAGGGCAAUGAUGAUGGAGAUGAAACUAGUGAUGAUGAAGAAGAAGAGGACGAUAAAAUCAAAGAGGAGCCUGAGGAAAUCAAAUAUCAGAGAAAAGAGGAUGUCGACGAGGGAAAAACUGUGUUUGUCAAGAACUUGCCAUUCUCAGCCACUGACGAAGAGUUCAAAGAGUGCAUGGAGAAGUUUGGGCCAACCUUUUAUGCUCUUGUUUGCAAAGACAAACUCACAGAACAUUUCAAAGGGUCAGGAUUCGUCAAAUAUAAGAACAAAGAAGAUGCAGAAAAGUGUUUAGCUGCAGGAACAGAAUUAAAACUAAAUGGUUCCAUCCUUGAUCCUCACCCUGCCCUCAAGAGAUCUGAUAUACAGAACAUAAAUGAUAAAUCAAAGGAUAAAAAAGAUAAUAGAAAUCUAUAUUUGGUCAAGGAAGGAAUGAUUGUAGCAGGCACACCUGCAGCUAAGGGUGUGUCAGUGGGAGACAUGGAGAAGCGACUACAGCUGGAGCAGUGGAAGACCACCAAACUGAGGAACCUCAACAUGUUAGUGUCCAGAAAUCGUCUGGUCAUCCACAACCUACCCCUUGGAGUAGCUGAUAGACAGUUACGGAGGAUAUUUCAGAAACACGCUGGUCCCACUGCUGUUAUUCGAGAGGCAAGAGUGAUGAGAGAUUUAAAUCAGUCCGAUGCAAAGGGGAGACCUGUUUCCAAGGGCUAUGGCUUUGUUGCUUUUGAGAAGCAUGAAGAUGCCUUGAAGGCCCUUAGAUCUAUCAACAACAAUCCUAGUAUCUUCAACCCAACACAAAGACCAAUAGUGUCGUUUUCAAUAGAAAACAAAACUGUGCUCAACGUCAAAACAAAGAGGCAACUGAAGAGUCAACAAAGAAACCCUUUGUCCAAAGACUACAAACCUGAUGAAGAUGGAGGGGAGACGGUCUCAAAAAAGAAUAAAAAGUUUAAAAGAGAAAUCAACAACUCCAACAAAGACCAACCUCAGCCGGAAUAUGCCGGUAUGGCUGCAACUCCCGGAGCUACUGUCAAGAUGAGGAAGAAAUUCAAGCUGCAAGACCAAGCACAGAAACACUUAAAAGACGUGAAGAAACAGAAACAACAGAUGAAGUUGAGUCGAAAAAUGAGGCGGAAGGAGCAUUUACAAAAGCAGAAGGUUGAAAAGGUGUCAUCAAAGAAAAAGAAGACUUUAGAAAAGGACGAAACAUUCAGCAAGUUGGUUGACAAGUACAAAUCGAAAUUACUAUCUCAAACUAACAAAAAGAAGUGGUACGAAUAAAGAUGCAUCUUACCUUGUUUAUUUUCGGACUUUGUUUUAUAG